CAUGUGUCAGGGCCCUGCACAUGUCAGGCAUGCUCUCUGCAGGUAUGGGGCAGGGCUGGGCACCAUGAAGCCGGUGCCCCUUGUCACCAUUUGGUGGAUGCUGCUGCUUGGCACCGCCCAGAAGUGCUUCCAGGGAGAGACUGCCUUCUACUAUGGAACCUUCCCAGCGGGCUUCUCCUGGGGUGUUGGCAGCUCUGCUUACCAGACGGAGGGUGCCUGGGACCAGGACGGGAAAGGGCCCAGCAUCUGGGACGCCUUCACGCACAGUGGCAAGGGGAAGGUGUUAGGGGGCGACACAGCAGACGUGGCCUGUGACAGCUACUACAAGGUGCAGGAGGACAUGGUUCUGCUGAGGGACCUGAAUGUCAGCCACUAUCGAUUCUCCUUGUCCUGGCCCCGGCUGCUGCCCACAGGCAUCCGAGCUGAGCAGGUGAACGAGAAGGGAAUCAAAUUCUACAGCGAACUCAUUGACGCCCUUGUGAAGAGCAACAUCACCCCCAUCGUGACCCUGCAUCACUGGGACUUGCCACAGCUGCUCCAGGUCAAGUACGGUGGGUGGCAGAACGUGAGCAUGGCCUCCUACUUCCGUGACUAUGCCGACCUCUGCUUUGGCGCCUUUGGGGACCGUGUAAAGCACUGGAUCACUUUCAGUGACCCUCGGGCCAUGGUGGAGAAAGGCUACGAGACAGGCCUCCAUGCACCAGGUCUGAAGCUGCCCGGCACCGGGCUGUACAAGGCAGCACACAACAUCAUUAAGGCCCAUGCCCAGGUCUGGCACUCCUACAAUGACACAUGGCGCAGCAAGCAGCGAGGUCUAGUGGGGAUUUCGCUAAACUGUGACUGGGGUGAACCUGUGGACAUCAGCAACCCCAAGGAUGUGGAGGCUGCCGAGAGAUACCUCCAAUUCUGCCUGGGCUGGUUUGCCAACCCCAUUUAUUCUGGUGACUACCCCCAAGUCAUGAAGGACCGCAUAGGGAGAAAGAGUGCCGAGCAAGGCCUGGAGGUGUCCAGGCUGCCGGCGUUCACGCUGCGGGAGAAGAGCUACGUGAGGGGCACCGCGGACUUCCUGGGCUUGGGUCAUUUCACAACUCGGUACGUCACAGAGAGGAACUUCGCUGCCCGCCAGGGACCCAGCUACCAGAAUGACCGGGACUUGGUGGAACUUGCCGACCCGGACUGGCCCGACCUGGGGCCCCAGUGGCUCAGUUCUGUGCCUUGGGGAUUCCGGAGGCUCCUCAACUUCGCCCAGACGCAGUAUGGCGACCCUCCCAUAUACGUGACAGAAAAUGGAGCCUACCAGAGAGCACGGUGCACUCAGUUAUGCGAUGAGUGGCGAAUCCACUACCUCAAGGGAUACAUAAAUGAGAUGCUGAAAGCUAUAAAAGAUGGUGCUAACAUAAAAGGAUAUACUUGCUGGUCUCUCUUGGAUAAAUUUGAAUGGGAGAAAGGCUACUCAGACAGAUAUGGAUUAUACCACGUCAAGUUCACUGACAGAAAUAAGCCUCGCUAUCCAAAGGCUUCCAUGCGAUACUACAAGAAGAUCAUCGCUGCCAACGGCUUCCCCAGUCCGAGACACGUGGACCGCUGGCACCGCGAGGCCCUGGAGAUGUGCUCCAUCAACAACCAGAUGCUCGCUGCAGAGCCCUUGCUGAGCCACAUGCAGAUGGUGACGGAGAUCGUGGUGCCCACAGUCUGCACGCUGUGUGUGCUCAUCGCUGCCGUACUGCUGCUGCUGGCGCUGGGGAGGCGGCACUGACACGGGGCUGCGACC